CACAUUUCAUUCGUUCAAUUCAAUUUCUUCCUUCUUUCAUAUCCUCUAUAACAAAAACCCUACCCCCUCCUCUUCUCUGCAAAUUAUUUGAAGAUCUUUUAAAUUAAUCGACAAGAUAAAAUGGAACCGAAUCUUGCUAUAGCUGCGAAAAAAAUGUGGAGCCUAGUGCGUGUGUUAUAUUUCAUGGUAAGGAAAGGCAUAGCCAAGAGGAAGUUCAUGGUUGAUCUCAACAUGAUGAUGAAACGUGGCAAGAUUGCCGGAAAAGCCCUCCACAAUCUCAUGUUCCACCACCACCACAACUGGGCUGCCGCCGCGAGUAGUCGCCGUUCAUUCGUGGCUCCACGGCCAGGAGACUAUGAGUUCAGUUGCAGCAACAGCCCUGCCUAUCCGAUCUCUCUUUUUCUCAAUAAGCACCGCAAGAAUCACACGAUCGAUCACUCGCAUUUCUUCUCGUGCAACCAGUCUCCCGCGAUGGAUGAUGAUGUGGCGGCGGUGAAUGCCGUGGUCAAGGCCUUGGAGAUGCUGCAGCACAGUGAGGCUGCGUCCCCGGCUUUGCCGGGGUUCGGGAGGAGUCCUCUUGUUAGGCAGCUCAGGAUAACGGACUCCCCCUAUCCGUUAUCCAAUGACGUGGCUGAUGACAGCCACGUCGAUGAAGCUGCCGAGGAAUUCAUAAUGAAGUUCUACAAAGAUCUUAAGAAGCAGAAUUUAAUGUCGUCGUUUGGUUGAAUCACUGCAACAAUUCUGGGUAUUUACGACGUAUAUAUAAUACUGUUCGUCAUCAAAAGCCGAGACCAUGCAUAUUGAGAUAUGAAUACGACGACGUUCCGAUUGUUAAUGCUUGGUGGGUUGGCCUUUAUAAGUUGGGGUUACUUUGUAAAAAGUUGAAACCUGUUAAUAGGCACUUAUGCAUUCUGCAGAUUAUCGUGCAUGUAUGCUUUUGUUUUGUAUCUGGAGAAAAUUAUUAAACAUAUAUGAAUAAAUUGUACUUCUUUUCUAUUUUUAAUAAUAGAAUGUAAAGAAAAUUUUCAA